AUGUCCUUCUCAGGGACGCUCUCUCCUGGCAGCAUGUGCAAAGUCCGUGUCAAAUGUGGGGGUGUCCUCUCGGCCCCUUCCGGAAACUUCUCCAGCCCCAACUUCCCCCGGCUGUACCCCUAUGACACCGAGUGCAGCUGGCUCAUUGUGGUGGCUGAGGGCUCCUCCGUGCUGCUCACCUUCCACGCCUUCGACCUGGAGUUCCAUGACACCUGCAGCUUCGACUUCCUGGAGAUCUACAACGGGGCCUCCGGAGACCGGGGUAACCUGCUGGGGAGGUUCUGCGGCCAGGUGCCCCCGCCACCCUUCUCCUCCUCCUGGCAUGUCCUGUCGGUCAUCUUCCACUCGGACAAGCACGUGGCCAGCCGUGGCUUUUCCGCAGGCUACCAGAAAGAUGUGUGCGGCGGCGUCCUGACGGGCCUCUCAGGCGUCCUCACCAGCCCAGAGUACCCCAACAACUACCCCAACAACGUAGAGUGCCGCUGGGUGAUCCGAGCCACGGGCCCCGCCACCAUCAAGCUGGUGUUCACGGACUUCCAGGUGGAGGGCAGCGAGGAGUGUCCCUACGACUACGUGGCCGUGCUCGGGGCCCCCGGGCCCGCCCAAGGACACCACUACUGCGGGAGUGCCCAGCCCCCCGCCCUCAUGUCCCAGGGCCACGAGCUGCAGGUGGUCUUCAAGUCCGACUUCAACAUCGGAGGCCGGGGCUUCAAGGCCUACUACUUCUCAGGAGAAUGCCAGGAGGUAUACACAGCCAUGCGGGGCAACUUCUCGAGCCCCCAGUACCCCAGCUCCUACCCCAACAACAUCCGCUGCCACUGGACCAUUCGCCUGCCUCCCGGCUACCGGGUCAAGGUCUUCUUCCUGGACCUGGACCUGGAGGGGCCCAACAGCCUGACGAGGACCUGCGACUUUGACCAUCUGGCGGUCUUCGAUGGGGCCAGCGAGGAGGCGCCCCUGCUGGGAAGUUGGUGUGGCCACCACCUGCCGGCACCCGUCACCUCCAGCCACCACCAGCUCUUGCUUCUGCUGCACACAGACCGCAGCGCCACCCGCAGGGGCUUCUCGGCGGCCUACAUUGGAGUGGUGCCCAUGAACGUCAGCUGUUCCCGCACGGACUUCCAGAUCCUGAUCUCAGCGCAGACCCUGGCCCCACUGGAGCGCACCAAGGUCUACCUGGGCAGCCGGAGCUGUGCCGCCCAGGAAGUUGGCAGCAACUUCAGGAUCCAGGCCCGCUUUGACACCUGUGGCACCGAGUCUCAGAGAAGGAACAACACCUCGGUGAUCGUCAGCGUGCUGUACAUCGACUUCUCAGCGGGCGACCGGGAGGACAUCCACGAGUACGAGGUCCUCUGUGAGCCGCGGCGCAAGGAGGCCGCUGUCCACCUGCGGUCUGGCUCCGCCUGGCUCCGCCCCUAUGCCGCCACGGCGGAGCACCUGCAGGAAGCCCCGCCCGGGGCCAAGGCCGAGGUGCUGGCGGGCGCCCUGGCCAUGGGGGCCCAGGACACCAGUGAUGUUGUCUUCCUGGGCCUGUGCAUCCUGGCUGGCGUGCUCAUGGUCAUUGCCAUUGUGGUCCUGAUGCUGCUGUGACGUUGGGCCUGGGGGUGGCUGGUGCAGCGCAGGGCAGGUGGUCCCUCGGGCAUCUUGUGAUUUUUGGCUGAGAUCUGACUCCCAAUUUCCAAGUCUCUCUCACUCUUUUAUUAUAAAUAAAUCAUUUUAUUGGGGGUUUUUCCAACUCUUA